AUGAAUGAGGAAAUAGGUAUUGAUUCUUUACCGAACGGCAAGAAAAUAAAGAAGAAAGAGCGUGAAUUCGAUUUUUCACGAUAUCCCAAACGACGGAUUGCUCUGAUGUUCAUGUAUUUUGGUUGGGAAUAUAAUGGACUGGUUGAGCAACGAGAAAUUGCAGGAACUGUUGAAGAAGAAAUGAGAAAAGCUUUGUUGAAGACAAAACUUGUCGAAAGUUGGGAAAAUUGCAGUUGGAAUCGGAGUGGUCGGACCGAUAAGGGAGUAUCCGCUUUCAAACAGAUUGCUUCUGUCAUUGUAAGGUCGAAUGAACCGGAAGGAGAAGGCGUUGUUUGGCCUACUAUCGCCAAUACAUCAUCCAAAACUGUCAUGAAGGGAGAGCUUCAGUAUGUAAAAAUGUUAAAUAGUACAUUACCAACUAAUAUUCGGGUGUUAGCUUGGGCUCCAGUCCCUAAUGAUUUCAGUGCUAGAUAUAAUUGCACUCAGCGUACUUAUACGUAUGCUUUUCCCCGAGCCAAUUUCGAUGUUGAGGCCAUGCGACAAGCUUGUCAAUUUCUCGUUGGCGAACAUGAUUUCCGUAAUUUCUGUCGCAUCGACAUGAACAAGAAAAGAGUAGAAAUGAAUUAUAUUCGCACUAUCACUUAUGCUGAUAUAUUAUUUAUAUUAAAUAAUUCAAUGUUAUCACCAAAAGUAAGCGAUGAAACUACUCAUUAUGAAUUUCUACAACUUACUAUCAGAGGAAGCGGUUUCCUAUGGCAUCAGAUUCGUUGUAUAGUGGCUCUGCUAUGUGAAAUUGGCCACGGUAAUGAAAAACCAGAGAUUAUCACUGAACUUCUCGAUAUCAGGCUUACACCUUCUAAACCAAUUUAUGGAUUAGCUCCGGCAUUUCCGUUAUGCUUGUUUGAUUGCGUGUAUGAUGGGAUGGAACUUUCUUGGAGAUGGGAUAUUAAUUCUUUGAAAUCUAUCAGAAAACUUCUCCUGAAAACUUGGGCUCAUUAUCAGUCUUUAUCAACCACAUUGCAAAUUAUGGCUGAAGGGAUUGGUGUCCUUGCACCAGUGUUACAGAAUGAUUACAGCGGCCUAAAUGACUAUCUAAGGUCAAGUGGAACUUACACCAAAACGUAUGUACCCAUCAAAAAGCGACCUACGUGUGAUGCCUUGGAGUUGAAGCGGGAGAAAAUGCGUGCAAAAAUGAAUUUCGAAUUGCUUGGUAAAGUGCGUUUCAAGGGUUUCGAUUCCAGUUGGUAUUUUGAAAUUACAGAUUUUACGUUUAACUCUUCUUUUCGUAGUACAUCAGUUCGAUAUCGGGAUGAUCCAGCAUGGGAUGAUGUUCAUCCUAUACCACUCACAGAUGACGAACAAGCAGCCGUUCGAAUUGAAACCACUGAUGCUUUUAACGAUGCAUUCAUGUAUCUGCGAGCUGUUGUACUCAGCGAAGAGAUGUCAGAGAGGGCUUUUAAUCUGACUGUGAAGUGUAUUGAUUUAAAUCCUGCUAACUACACUCUUUGGCAGUAUCGCCGUUCUCUUCUCAAGGCACUGAAUAAAGAUCUGAAUGAGGAAUUCAAUUUCAUAGCUGAGGUGAUUGAAGAAAAUCCUAAGAACUAUCAAGUUUGGCAUCAUCGUCGAACAUUAGUGGAAUGGACAAAUGAUGCCAGUCGAGAGCUUGAUUUCACGGCCCGAAUGAUUGAGGAUGAAACCAAAAAUUACCAUUCAUGGCAGCACCGUCAAUGGGUCAUAGAAAAAUUCAAAUUGUUCAGUCAACAGGAAUUGGAUUACAGUGCAGGACUUUUGAUCGAGGAUAUGCGUAAUAAUUCAGCUUGGAACUAUCGAUACUUUAUACUUCAAGGAUUGGAUGCAUUAAAGGAUCCCAGUGUUUUAAAUCGGGAAAUUUUAAUGACUCAGUCUAUGAUCAAAAAAGUUCCGAGCAAUGAAAGUGCAUGGAAUUUCUUAUCUGGAAUAUUACUGGAUAAAGGAAUCUCUUCGCGAGCGGAUGUAAUGCAAUUUUGUCUUGAACUAAGCGAACAGAAACGUGUGCCGCUUUGUCUUAGUUUUUUGGUGGAUAUAUUAAUCGAAAGGAUCGAGAAGAAAAUGGAAGUUAAAGACAGUGCUGCACAGGCAGUGCAAGUACUCCAAGAAUUAAAAGAGCUGGAUCCGGUACGAAAAAAGUAUUGGGAUUAUAACGAGAAAUUUGUCAAUAAUCUUAUCGAAUCGAAUUAG